AUGGAAACUAAUCUUAGUUGUAGCACAGAGGGCAACAACAUGGCGACUAGAGGUGCGUUGGUUGUUCUAGAAGGCUUGGAUCGUUCUGGGAAGUCUUCUCAGUGUAGCAGACUAGUGUCCUACCUGGAGGGACAAGGGUUACCUACUGAGCUAUGGAGAUUUCCUGAUAGAACUACUGAUGUUGGCCAAAUGAUAUCUGCUUAUCUUACAAACGCGUCGCAGUUGGAUGAUCAUACUAUUCAUCUUCCCUUCAGUGCUAAUCAUAUUGAAUGGUAUAAGGCCCCGGAAAUUGGAUUGUUGGCUCCAGAUCUGGUAGCAUACCUUGACAUAUCACCAGAUAAAGCUGCAGAAAGAGGAGGGUAUGGUGAUGAGAGAUAUGAAAAGUUGGAGUUUCAGAAGAAAGUUACUGAACAUUACAAAGUUCUUCAUGAUGCCUCCUGGACGGUUGUAGACGCUUGGCAACCCAUAGAAGAUGUUGAGAAACAGUUGCAAGAGAUUGUACUCGCUUGUGUCACAGAAUGCCAAAAGGGAAAGUCCCUCUCCUCCUUGUGGUUGACAUAG